AUGUUCACUCCAUUUCACACCUCGCUAGGUGCUCUAUUGCUAUACCAGGGUUCAUCCGGCCUGCUCUAUCACAACGGUGCGGUUUUCGGAAUUUCCUCUCUGCUAUCCGGGUGCGCGUUCAAUCCCAAUCGUGAUAAUCUCCCCAUCAUCGCGGGCCUGUUGUCUGGCUUGGUGCCGGUCUACUUGUUUGCACCAUCGUUGAUCCCAAGCUACGCGGCACCACCGGAUUCAUGGGCUUCUGCUGUUGCGACGCUGGGGGUAGGAUUUUUGCUAGGAUGGGGAACAAAGAACGGUAAAGGAUGUACUUCGGGACAUAUGCUGUGUGGAAUUUCACGUCUAUCGCCUCGAUCCUUCAUUGCCACAGCGACAUUCUUCACGGUGGCUUUGAUGACAGCGAAUUUCGUCGACGGGGGUUCCAAUAUCCCAUCAUGUGAUGCAAUGCCAUGCUAUAUGCCAGCGUAUCCAUCUGCGUCGGAGGCGGUGUUCAUGAGCAGCACAGUUGUGCUAGCCGCGAUCACAAAUCGCAUCAUUGUUCCAAGACUUCAGCGGUCGGAGAGAACACGGGUCAUGUUCUCUUACAUUGCCGGUCUGGAGUUCGGCCUCGGGCUUCUGAUUUCAGGGAUGGCAAACUCAGGCAAAGUACUUGGGUUCUUUGCCUUCUUAACAGACCCGUCACGAUGGGAUCCAUCGCUGGCAUUGAUCAUCAUAUUUGGCAUUGGACCAUCAUUGACGGCAUAUCUCAUGAAGAAACCCGGACAAUCGGUCGAAAGGGGAGAAACGGCCGCGAAACCGACACUCGCAGAGGCAUGGCGGCUGCCAACGGCGACGUUGCGAGAUAUCGACUGGCGAUUCAUUGCCGGGUCGGCUGCAUUCGGCUUGGCUUGGGGUCUGAGAGGAGUCUGCCCCGGGCCUGCUAUUCUGCGGGCAGCCAUGCAGCCAGCCUGGGGGUUGAUCACGAUGAGUGGGUACUUGCUGGGGAACUUUGUUUAA